AUGUCAUUAUCUGAUUAUUUGGCAAAAAAUUACCUUUCAGACAACAAAAAAAAACCCAAGAAGUCCAAAAAGGAAAAGAAAGAGAACCACUCUAAUAUCAUAAUAGAGAAUACACAACCGUUACUAAAAGAUGAACCUACUUUUGAGCAACCUACUCAGCUAAUUCCUGAAAAGCAGAUCAAAAGAAACAAAGGAUGGAAAGUUGUUGGUACGGAUGAGAUUGUGCCCGAAGUAGAGAGAGAUGAAGAAAUUAUUAAUAAUGACGGACAAAGGAUGUCGUCAGGUGCAAAAUCUGGUUUACAAACUGCAGAAGAAGUGGCAAAACAGAUAAAAGAAAAAGAAGAAGCUGAGCUAAGGUACUUGGAGAAUAAUUCAUCACAGCAUUUGGGUAAAAAUGCCCAAACUGUGUAUAGAGAUGCAAGUGGUAGAAAGAUAGAUAUGGAAAAAAGAAGAGAAGAGGCACGUACAAGGCAAAUUGAAGAGGAAGAAAGGAAGCGUCUGGAACAUAAAAAACGUAAUAUGGGUCUUGUUCAACUAUUAGAUUUGGAAGCGAAUAGAAAACAGUUAAAAAAAGCUGGUGGCUCCAAUUUAGCAAGAUACGCUGAUGACCAAGAGUUGAACAGUAGGCUGAAGAGCAAAGAGCACGAUGAUGAUCCAUUACUAUCAUUCAAACCAAGCAAAUCAAAAAAAUACGUCUCAAGAACUGGAAGAAAAUUAUUCAAAGAUGGGUUUCCUGAAAAUAGAUUUGGAAUUGUACCUGGUUGGCGUUGGGAUGGUGUUGACAGAUCAAAUGGCUUUGAAAAGUCAUGGUUCAAGAGACAAGCUGAAAUGGCUGAGAAGAAGACACUUUCGUAUACAAUGCAAGAAGAUUAUUAA